AUGUGUUAAUGAAUGUGUAGCCAACUUCACUGCGACAACUUCGAUCCAAAGCCAUUAAAAUGUUGUCCGCAAAGGACGAACGUUUACUUCAAAAAGGUGCUAUUAUUGCACUCCACAAAGCUGGAAACAGCAAUGUGGAAAUUGCAAAAAUAGCCCAGUGUUCGGUUCGUACCGUUCAAAGAUAUGUAGUAAGGUAUUCCGUUUAUGGUACCGAAGGACUGGUGGACUUGCGUCAACUAAACAGAGGAAAACCUGGAGUAAAAGUUGCGUCGAAACGGAUUCGUAAGAAUCUUGGUAAAGAUGCACGAAGACAUCAGUCCUCCCAAAUUAGACAAAAGAAGAGAGAAGAGGUAUUGCAACAGAAAAGGGAUUUUGGUGGAUCCCAGUCAGCACCUAUUCUUGUAUGCAUUAUCCCGUUGCAAGAAGACUUAGAUACUCAGAAUAUAUUAUCAGUAUUAACAAAAGCAGACGAGACUGCAGUUGUAACAAACAGUCCUUGCGGUAUAACACAUUUAAGCAUACCUAGAUUUAAACAGAGAUUUUCUGUUAUUGUACCACCAGUUGGCAAUGUGUUCGCUACCUUGGAUGCAGCAAAAAUAUCUACGACUAUUCUUUUUGUUGCUUCUGCUAUAAAUCAGGAUGAUAAAAGCCCAAAACACGAGGUUCUUGAUAAUUGGGGCAGAGAAAUUAUUUUGCCUUGCGUUGCUCAAGGCUUGACUACUCCAGUAGUAGCACUUACAAACAUGGAAAGUCUUCAUAUAAAGAAACGUCAAGAUUUUAAAAACUACAUACAAUCUGAAAUUUCCAAAUGGCUUCCAGAAGAAAAAAUUUGUCCUUUGGACACUUCUACCGAUGCUUUAAACGUAUUAAGAAAAGUCGGUUCUCAGAAACAAAGGACCGUAUCGUACAGGAGUAAGAGAGCACAUUUAUUGGCAGAAGAAAUAAAGUUCAAGUGUAAUGAAGACUCAACAGACCUUGGAACUCUCACAGUCUCAGGAUACUUAAGAAAUGUACCGUUAUCAGUUAACAGUAUAAUACAUAUACCUGGAUUUGGGGAUUUUCAAAUGUCUCAAAUUGAUGCUCCAGAGGACCCAUACCCCAUAGAAAAGAAAGCAAGGAAACAUUGCAAUAAAAUGGACGAGGAACCAUCUGUUAGGGUUCUCGAACGUGCUGAUCCAAAGAAACAAGAAUCUCUUGAAAGUGAAAACGUACCUGACCCUAUGGAUGCUGAACAAACUUGGCCCACAGAAGAAGAAUUAGCUCAGGCUGGAGCUGCACAGAAAAAGAAAAUCGUGAAAAGAGUUCCAAAGGGCACAUCUGAAUAUCAAGCAGCUUGGAUCCCUGACGAGGAUGGAGAGGAAUUGAGCGAGUACUCGGAUGAAGAAUCGGAAGAAAAAAUGUCUGUCGAUAUAAAAUCUGAACCAGACAGUGAUGCAGGGACAGAAGAAGACGAGGAGGAGUAUGAUACAAUCACGAUAUCAGAAGCUCCUGAUGAACAGCGAUACGACCAAAAUAUUGAUAUGGUAGAGGAAAAGGAAGCAAUAGAAAAAUUGAAAGAAGCAAAAUUAGAUGCACAGUUCCCUGAUGAGGUUGAUACACCCCAAGAUAUUUUGGCAAAACAGAGGUUCCAAAAAUAUCGAGGACUAGAGUCGUUCAGGACGAGUCCCUGGGAUCCAAAAGAAAACCUGCCUAGUGAUUAUGCUCGAAUAUUUCAGUUUGAAAAUUUCGAUCAAACGCGCAAGCGUAUAUUUAAAGAGUGUCAAGAAAUAGAAGGAGCUAUGCCUGGUUGGUACAUCACGAUUCACAUAACAAAUGUUAGAAGAACCCUCUUCACUGCAUUUUUCACAUUGGAGAACCGCCCGUUAGUGGUAUUCGGUUUACUACCGAACGAACAUAAAAUGUCCGUCUUAAACGUGGUACUUAAACAUACCAAUACUCUUUCGAUACCAAUAAAAUCCAAGGAACGAUUGAUAUUUCAAUGUGGAUUCAGAAGAUUCGCCAGUCGUCCGAUAUUUAGUCAGCAUACAAAUGGAAAUAAACACAAGUAUGAACGGUAUUUCCAACCGGAGAGCACGAUUGUAGCAAGUAUGUUUGCACCGAUUACAUUCCCUCCCUGUCCAGUUUUGUGUUAUGUUGAAAAAUUAAAUGGAUCUUUGGCACUAGUCGCAACUGGUAGUGUGUUAUCUGCAAAUCCAGAUAGGAUAGUUGUAAAAAGAGUGGUCCUCAGUGGCCACCCGUACAAAGUUCAUAAGCGGUCAGCGGUUAUAAGAUUCAUGUUCUUCCACCGAGAGGACAUAAAUUGGUUCAAGCCAGUCGAAUUGCGAACCAAAUAUGGACGCAGAGGACACAUAAAAGAGCCAUUAGGUACACAUGGUCACAUGAAAUGUGUAUUCAAUGGGCAGCUGAAGUCACAAGACACAAUCCUAAUGAAUUUAUACAAACGUGUGUUUCCUAAAUGGACAUACGAACCAUUAUUGUUAACGGAAUCAUCACACGAGGAGCAGAGUAUGAAUGUAGAAUAAAAUUUAUUGGUUUGUAAUAUUUAUAAUGAUAAACUGUAUAUAUAAGCAUAUACAUAUAUGUUUAAAUAUGUAUAAAAACGUAAAAUAAAUUUUGUUUGGUAAUUCAUCAUUUCUACAGAUAUA